GCCUUUUGCACUUCUACUCUGGACAAGUGCAGCUGACAUGAUGAAUGCGUACCACAAUGACAUGUACAUGCCAUCUUACGAUGCGGGGGACGGCUGGUCGUGGCAGCAGUCAUGGGGGAGUGAUGUCUACGACGCAAUGCCGUAUGACCAACAGCGAUGCUCCGUGGACGCGUACGAUUGUGGCUGGGAGUACCAGUCGCAGGAGUGGGCACCAUCGACGACAGAGUCCUGGCCUUCUGAGCUGCCGGCACAGGCGCAGUGGCCACGGGCUCCCGGCCCUUCGUGGUGUGGGAGCUCUGCCUGGGAUAGCUCCUCGAGGUGGCCGGACACUUCGGCCAUAAUGAUGACUCAAGUCAAGAUGCAGUCCGGCGCGUCGGUGCAGCCGGCCGCUCCCUUGUCGCAGGUGACACAGGUGCCAAUGGCGAGCGGUGGGACUGCAGUUCAGUCAGUGGCUCUUCCUUCUUCCGAGCCAAAAGCAGGGGAAGAGCUGCUGACCGAACUGCGCCUGGCGGAGCUCAAGCGGCUAAUCGACCGCGAUGCACAAGCCCUUCGCACUCCAACCAGAGAGCUGGUGCCAGUGCCAGAAGGGCCAGAGCUUGAGCCGCCUUUCAAGAUUGAAUCUGCUAAUGAGACAUCACCCGGGUCAUCCAAGCCUGGCGAUGUCAAGUGCCACAGCGUCCUGGUGGACUUUCUUCCAAGUUCCAGGGACUUCGGCGAGAUGUCUGUCAAAGCUGGCGAGAAGGUCACGGUGCGGUAUCCCGCAUCCGAGGAUUGGAUCUUCGGUUGGAAAGGCUGGCCAGUGCAGGAGCAGGGCUGGAUCCCGGCACAGAAUCUGGGCAUUGGUGUGAGCAUCAAGGAUGAUCCUAGCGAUGAAGAUGUCACGAAGGUUGACAGGCCUAGUGACAAGAUCCAGGAUGACAAGCCGAAGGCCCAGGAGGUGGAGGCUUGGCACCACCACGGAAACUGGUGGAGCCGGCAGCGGCACCUCAAGGUCCAACCAACUUCUGCAAAGAAGGAUAUCGGGGAUGUGCGUCGCCGACCACCAACAGAUCCCGUCGAGCUUCAAAAGUCUCGCUUGGCGGCAAGCGCCUUUGCAGCUGCCACUGCAAACAAGCAGCAGGCGCAACAGCCGGCUAAAGGCGUUGGUCGUGGCAAGAGCGGGCGCGGUGCUCCGGAGAGGCAAGUCCGGGAGCGACCAGCGCUGUCGAAUCUUCUCGAUCGCCUUCAAAAGCCCCUGGUAGUAUCCCAGGAGAAGCGAAAGGCUUGAACGCGGCGAACGCGCGCUGAUGCGCUGUGCACAUGUACACAGGGUCAGAUUUGCCUUUCUAGCGCUGCGUGAACAAAACAAAUGCAGACCUUAGCGGUGG